AUGUAUCGAGCGCUCGAUCAACACGUCCACUUCAGCAAAUUCGUGACAAAAGCAUCCAAUAACCGCAUUUCCAUUGAGAAGUACACCAAGGACGUGGCGUGUUUGGGCAACCUCGAGAACAAAUCGUACCCAAAUGGCUGUAGAGCGUUCCGGUCCAACGAUACCCAGAUUGAGCACGACAAUGUCCUAAAAUAUUGCCGGGAUGUUGAUUCGACGUUCACCGCCACCAUCCCGCGGGGCACUGCGAAUCGCGAGGCCAUGAGGAUCGUGCGCCACGGGAUGACAUUGUCUCACACGCAGUCGGUGCUGGAGGCCUUGGAGGAGCACCGAGAGGCCAUCAAGCUUACGCCGACUAAGCAAGCCUUCAUGGAGCAGGGCAAAGCGAUCAUGGCGAGCCUGACGGAGGACAAGGCCACCCCCCUUGGCUUCGACGCUCCGGCCGUGAAAGGCAUCGACCCUAAAGUGCAGCAGGAGAAGCUCGAGAUGCUGUGGUCCACAGUGAUUCAGAAUGACGCAGCACGUGAGCAAAAGCGGCUCAAGGAUUUGGAAAACGAAGACAAGGCGAGGAAGAAAAAUAUCGAACAAGCAUUCAGAGAGCGGCCAGAAGACAUGUGUUCGGCAGCCGUCGACACCAUCAUCGAUAAGAAACUGGAGCAGCACUGCCUGCUGUCCAACAUGGCGGAAGACAACGUCCCGAAUGACAAGACAGUCACUUUUGCCGACUCCGUGCAGGACCAGGCGGCUGGCACCAAGUCCAAAGUCAAGGGCUCGGACAACAAGGGUGCCACAGGCAGGGGCAAGUGCUGCGACGGCCAGAAGGGCAAGGAGGCCAGCCCCCCCGGGGGGGAUGCGGACCUGGCGGUCAUCAGCAGGAUGGAGCGUUGGGAUGUCCACAACCUCGCCAGGUUCGGCACCAAACUGUACCUCCGCUUCCAAGACAACAUCCUGUUCCAAUAUGAAAGAACGUCUCUCGCAGGCACAUUCGUGGUCGAAUUCCGGAGGCGAGCGGAAUAUCUUAAGCUCAAGGCGUUGCGAUGCAGGCGCUGGGAGCAGUUCCUGACGUUCGCGCGUGCAGGUCAUGUCUACCACACUGUUGGUCAAAAGAUCCGCGUCCUGCUCGCUGGGCUCGUCAGGGACCUCCAACUCGAGCCUCUGUUUGCCUUUGGCAUUGCGGUCUACCCCCUCACCGCGCAGGGGACUGCCGUGGCCUAA